UAGCCCCCAGUACUCUUUCCUCCGUGCUUUUACCGCCAGUGCCAUGCGUCGCCUACUGGAUUGUCUUUUACUUUUGGUCGUGGUGGCAGUGGUGAACUGUCAGUUCUCAGAUGACUAUGGUCCUGCGCCUCCCAGACUGUUGAUCCCCGGAGCAGUGCCACUAGGACCUGCCCCCUCGGCGCCCCGACGUCCAGUGGCUAGACUACAGGCCCGCAGGCAGCAGCUGGCCCCACAGGUGGAGGCUACACCUGCGCCACCUCUCAGACUGAGGUCUAGACCCAGCAACGGUCGUGCAGGGAGACUGCCUCCGCAGCCCUCACCUCAACCUACGCUGGCAUCAACCCCUCCGCCGCAGCAGUUCUUCUCUCCCACAUUCACAACGCUGCAGCAGCGACCACAGUCUUUCAGCCCACAGGAGGAUGCUCCCAUCAGACCAGUAAUAGAGGAGACGGAGGACGACUACGAGGAGGAGGUUAACAACUUCUCUGCCGCUCCUAACCCUACGACACCACCUCCUCCCCCACCGCCACCCCCCGCACCACAGCGACCUGCGUUCCGCCCCGAGAGGCCUGCGUUGUUGCCUACACCCGCUCCUGAGCUUAACUUUGUUUCGCCACCCAGGCAACAGCCAAGGCCAGCUCCGUCCAUUCUACCAGACGAUGACGAAAGUCUGAGACAGUACAGCAGGAACCAAUAUACUUCCAGGACCAAACAGGCAAGGCCCACCCCUGUAGCGGAGGAGCAACAGUUUAACAGACAAUACAACAGAGCCCAGUCAGUAGUGAGGGCCCCGCAGAAGCCUUUGUAUACCAGCCCCGCCAAACAAGACUACGAGAAGCCCAACAAGGCCCAGCGGCCCAGGAAACCAGUUGCUCAGGUUUUGAGGAGAUACCGAGAGGAGAACGAAGAUGGCAGCAUCACUUGGGGCUAUGAGAACGACGACGGCUCCUUCAAGGAAGAGACAAUCGGCACAGAUUGUGUGACUUACGGCAAGUACGGCUACAUCGACCCAGAUGGCACUCGUCGUGAGUACACUUACAGCACCGGCAUCCCUUGUGACAGGGAGAAGGAAAAGGACAGCCAGAAUCAGGCUAGCGAAGGAUACAUUGACUACGCAGAAAACAAGUACGUUCUACCCAGCGGCGAGACAAUCGACCUUAACAAGAUGGUGAAGAACCGAGCUAGAAAACCUGUGCAAAACACUCAAUACAGAAACUAAAGAGUGAACUAAAAGACUUAUUCAACAAAUCAAUGAAAUGCUUACUUCAUACGCGGAAAGUGAGCGAGAGGUACCUUUGUGGUACUGGUGCCAAAACUGUGUAAAAAGUCACACAACUAUAAUUUGAUCACUGUCAUAUUUAAAAUGUACCUCAUAAUCAGAUCCAUUGCAGUUGUAAGAUUUCAUUAUUUUUGUACUGUGUAUGUAUCAAUGUUAAAUUAAUUCAAUUUCCUAUGGAAAUUUGAAAUAAAGUUAUAAAAAAACUU